AUGAAGCUCUCUCCGAUAUUUUUGGUUCCCUUCCUAUUCCAGGUGGCAACGGCCGUUAUUAACGUUACCUCUGUCACCACUAGUCUCACCAACCCAGCCCCAUCCAACCUCUGUGACUCCUUUGUCACUUCUGGUGGUCAGGGUGUACACGCUUGGCUGGCUACGGCCAAUUUCUUUGCUGCUUCAACCAGAGAUUCAGGCAACAUGUACGAUAGGCUGAGACACUACGAGUACGUGGUGCAGUGGUUUUUCACCUUCGACAGUCAAUUGGAUGCCACUGGGUUUGACAUUUCCACGUUGACCUCUGCUAUUUCGCUGCGCACCACUGUCAAUGUGGUUGUUAAUCCUACCCAGGGUAGCUAUAUCCUUUCUUACAAUGACACCGUCGCUCAUCCACUUGUUUCCGGUGAGGAUCGUAAUAAAGGGCUGAACAGUUUCAACUCCUUGAUUGGCUACACCACAAUCUUCACUGGUGGGCCAAAUCCUACCAUUGUUAUCUUGGGAUCUUCGGAAUUCUGGACCAAGCCAGCUCAUGGGUUGACUUGUACCAUCAAUUCCGUUACUCCAAACUGUAUCGCCUUGGGGUAUCCAGUGUUCAGUAAGUGUAUGACUUGGUGCGAGUGUACGGACAGCAAUCCUCCUUCUGGUGGACACCACCAUCAUCCUGGUGGACACCACCCUAGUGCCAUAACAGCCACUCUUACUUCUACUCAGUCUGAUGGAUGUUUGAUUGUAGAGGAGAUGGUUGAGUCGGCUCACACUUAUAGCACCACGUUAUUACAGACGAACACCCGUACCGUCACCCAGACCAGAGAGCGGAGAUCAGCAACGGCUACCGUCUUUUUCAGACCACGGUUUACCACCUUCAGGUCUACUUUCACCACUACUCAAACUCAAAUUGAUACCCAAAUCGCGUUAGUCACCACUGUCUCCACCUCGUUGCUUAACGCUGUUACCUUGUGUCCAGCUUCAUCUGUCGCUCCAUCUGUAGUAUCGUCAGAUGCCGCUUCGUCUGCUGCUGGUUCUUCCGCUCCAGCUUCGUCUGCCGCUGGUUCUUCCGCUCCAGCUUCGUCUGCCGCUGGUUCUUCCGCUCCAGCUUCGUCUGCCUCUGGUUCUUCCGCUCCAGCUUCUUCUGCUACUGGUUCUUCCGCUCAAGCUUCGUCUGCCGCUGGUUCUUCCGCUCAAGCUUCGUCUGCCGCUGGUUCUUCCGCUCAAGCUUCGUCUGCCGCUGGUUCUUCCGCUCCAGCUUCAUCUGUUGCUGUUUCGUCUGUUUCUUUGUCAUCAGCCUCUAAUGUUAUCACUGGGACCACAACUUCCACUGUGUUUGUCACAUCUACACAGUUCACUGCCACUUCGUUC